CCAGAGAAGUAAAAGAUGAAGCCACCUGUUCAGCCGAGGUUAGAGUUGUUCACUGGGGCAAAUUUACACAAUAGCCAACCACCCAAGGAGGAGCUCCCGUUACAGGCCACGUUGAGCGCCCGGGCGGGCCCACUUAGCGCGCGCUGUUCGGCAUUUUCGGGCGGGGACAACAGGCUCGCUCCAGAAAAGGCUCCAUCUGUAGGCUCCAAAGUUCGGGCUCCGAAUUUCUGCGCGAUUGCUAUCCCUGAUGAGGAACAAAAUGUGACGGAAACUGAUGCCUUCUAUAAGAGAGAAAUGUUUGACCCGGAAGAAAAGUACAAAAUGGACCACAAGAGGAGAGGAAUUGCUUUGAUCUUCAAUCACGAGCGGUUCUUCUGGCACCUAACAUUGCCGGACAGGCGCGGCACCAGCGCAGACAGGGAUAAUCUCGUGCGCAGGUUUUCAGAACUAGGAUUUGAGGUGAAAUGCUUUAAUGAUCUUAAAGCAGAAGAACUACUGCUCAAAAUUCAUGAGGCAUCAACCUCUAGCCACAUAGAUGCCGAUUGCUUUUUAUGUGUGUUCCUCAGUCAUGGUGAAGGAAAUCACAUUUAUGCAUAUGAUGCCAAAAUUGAAAUUCAGACACUGACUGGCUUAUUCAAAGGAGACAAAUGUCAGAGCCUAGUUGGAAAACCCAAGAUAUUUAUCAUUCAGGCCUGUCGAGGAGACCAGCAUGACGUGCCAGUCCUUCCGUUGGAUGUAGUGGAUCAUCGGACAGACAAGCUGGAGGACAACGUAACGGAGGUGGAUGCGGCCUCAGUGUACACGUUGCCUGCUGGAGCGGAUUUUCUCAUGUGUUACUCUGUUGCAGAAGGUUAUUAUUCUCAUCGGGAAACUGUGAAUGGCUCAUGGUACAUUCAAGAUCUGUGUGAGAUGCUGGGAAAAUUUGGCUCCUCCCUAGAGUUCACAGAACUACUCACCCUGGUGAACAGGAAAGUUUCUCAGCGCCGAGUGGACUUUUGCAAAGACCCAAAUGCAAUUGGAAAGAAGCAGGUUCCCUGCUUUGCCUCAAUGCUAACUAAAAAGCUGCAUUUCUUUCCGAAAUCUAAAUGAUAGAAUCUGUUUCAUGUAUCUAUAUUCAAAACACAUUUUCCAUCUUUUUAUAUAAGUAAGUAUCAUUAGGUUGAAAUUUGAUACAGCAAUUUAAAAUGUCUUAAUGGUGUAAUGAGAACUUAAAAAAAUAGUUCCUAUUGGUAUUAGACAUGGUGAAAGGGUUUGAUAUAUGUGAAAUGAAGUCCUCAGGGAAUUACUAUAAAGUAAAAAUCCACAAGCGUUUGUAAUACUUGAUUUUUAUAGUGAAUCAUGAGGUUAGUCAAAAUAUCUGGCUGGAUUCAAUUUGUAUUUUGUGAAGCUUUUUUAUAAAUGUUUUAUAAUGUUUUUAAAGAUUUUAGAAACCCAAAAAUUAGUUGUUUUCCCUUAAUAAAAUAUUUGAAAUUCAUAUUUUAA